ACACUGCACUGAAGCCAUCUAUAGCAGCUGAUCUACUGGUUUGUUUCAAGGAACGCAAGCAACAUAAUAGAGAUCGCAUGUCUGUGGUACAAGCAGCAAGCCGUAAGGGUGAGGUGGUAAAGUUCGGUAAAGCGUAUUUGCAGGUAGUGAUUGUUGUGAUCAGUGUUGUCUAGUGAAGUGAGCUUAGUACAGCGAUGUUUUGAGAAAUACAAUUGGCAUACGUAUUUCAUGAAGAUCAGCAUUUACAAUUGCAGUGCCCUCCUGGGAAGUGACGUGUAGGUAAUUGCUACGAAAGGAACGAUAAAUGUAAUAUAAUGUAAUGUGAAGCAUUAUAAUACAAUAAAAUAAGUGCCAGAAACACGAAGCGUAUUUUGAGGUUAUUGCAGUUGUUAUACAAUGUGUGGUAUAUAUUGUUGUCUGAAGUGUAAUGCAGACAAUAGAAGUUCUCGUGAAGACAUAGUCUUGCCCAAAUUAAGGGAUUAUUUGAAACACAGGGGUCCAGAUUGUUUUUCAGAAUAUGCAAUUGAUGUUGGAUGUAAGUGGUCAGUCAGUUUUGCAGGCAGUGUCCUUUGGAUGCAAGGAUUUCAACUAACCAUGCAGCCCCUAAUAGACGAUGAAUACAAUUAUCUUUUGUGGAAUGGAGAUGUUUUUAAUGGAUCAAUGGUAAACCAGGAAACCUUAUCAGACACUGUAAAGAUAAGUCAGCUUUUCUCCAAAGGGAAUGGAACAGAAAUUCCAGUGAUUCUAUCAAGCAUUCAAGGACCAUAUGCUUUUAUUUAUCUGGAUGUAAAGAGGCAACAUUUGUACUUUGGCCGAGAUAGGCUUGGAAGGCACAGUUUGCUGUGGAGCAGUAAUAGUGAAGAGGGAUUUGUUCUGACAUCCGUAGGCAAAAGAAAUGUGCUGGAUUUCAAGGAGGUACCAACAGUUGGCAUCUUUAUGGUUGAUAUGAAUUCUUCAGAUCUAGGACACAUCAUUCUUUACCCAUGGUCAGACAUUUCUGCGGAAACACUUUUAAACAUUGAUCAAGAAUGUGUGUUAAAAGUUGAAGUUUCAUCACAAUCUGUACAGUCUCCAAUAAUAUUAGACAGAAACAACAGAGAAAAGCCAUUUGAUUCUAAACACCCACUGAAUCAGCAUGAUACUGAAGGUGUUAUAGGCGUUCACCAGAUUAGAGACUUUAUGGAAAAAUUACAGUCAGAUUCAGAUAUUAAAAAAUCUGUUAAAAAACUGAUUUAUCUUUUAAGAAAUGCUGUACGGGUGAGAGUUCAGACACAUCCAGGAAUUUGUAAGGAAUGUUUAGAGUGCACUAAACACAUGAAUGUUAAGACUCGUGCACAUAAGCUAACUUCUGAAUGCUCGGACACAAAAUACCAGCAGGAAUUUCUCCAUUGUUUCAAGGACGACCCUUAUGAAGCACAACCAUCAGAAACCUCUUUGACAGACAUUGAACCCAGAAGCAGUCAUGCCAAAGCUUGCAUGUGUUCAGAGAAAGAAUUAAUAAUGUCCCAUGGCCACAGUACAUGUUUAAAACACACAGAUGUAGAAGAGUGCUUACAGUCAGAACCAACAACAUACAGCAAAGAAAUGUGGACCACCAAAAAUCCAAAAUUGUGUCAUCAUUCAAAAGUUGGCAUCUUAUUUUCUGGUGGUUUGGAUUCAACAAUACUAGCAGCACUUGCUCACGAAUUUAUUCCACUUGGUGAGCCAAUAGACUUGUUAAAUGUUGCAUUUGAAAGAGAACGGAAGGAAGGAAAUCAGAACAGGAAAGCAGCGAGGGAAAAGAAACACGUUCGUUCUUCAGAAGAAAAAGAGGUUACAUAUUUAGUUCCAGAUCGAAUUACAGGGAAGAAUGCAUUAGAUGACUUAAAAAGACUGUAUCCAAACAGGCAGUGGAAUUUUGUGCAGAUAGAUGUUACUCAAGAAGAAUUGAGCAUAGAACGUGACAGAGUCAUCUCAGAUCUAAUAUAUCCACUAAACACAGUACUUGAUGAAAGUUUGGGUUGUGCACUCUGGUUUGCAAGUCGUUGUGAAGGUCACCUUGUGCAACAGAGUGGUCCAGAUACACGUUACAGCUCUCCAGCAAGGGUACUUCUCCUUGGAAUGGGAGCUGAUGAAUUGUUUGGAGGAUAUAAAAGGCACAGGACAGCUUUUAACCUUGGAGGAUGGAGUGGUUUGAGGAAGGAACUUGAGCUGGACCUUGCUAGGAUAUCUACCAGGAAUCUAGGACGCGAUAAUCGAAUUGUCUCAGAUCAUGGUUGCCAGGGCAGGCUGCCUUACCUAGAUGAAUCUGUUGUUUCAUACAUCAGUUCCUUGCAGCCCUGGGAGAGGUGCUACCCAAAGCCAGCUUUUCCACCAGGAGUGGGAGAUAAACUGCUUCUAAGAUUAGCUGCAUGGAAACUUGGUCUUCAAUAUGCUGCAGUGCUACCAAAACGAGCAUUCCAGUUUGGAUCUCGAAUUGCCAAUAGCAAAGAGAAAGCAAGUGAUGUAUCCAGUAGAUUAUAGUUUUAUUAUGUAGAAGGUGUAUCUUCACAUAAUUUAAAAAGUUCCCCUUCCUAUGACAUUAAAGAAAUCUAUACCUUAAUGCAGUGGAUCAGUAGACUUGAACACUGAAGCAAGGAAAAUCUUAAGUGAAUGAAAUUUAACCUCUUACUGAUUUGCACCACUGAAGUUAAGUGUUGAGUGAGGAGAUAUUUAAAUUGAAGAACGUGAAGUUGGGAUUCCAUUAUAGUGGUAUUGUUUGAAUUUUACAGGAAUUUUCUUCUCCAUUGAAAAAGGUUAUUUAAAAGUUUUUAAUUAUCUUCAUUUAUAUCCAUGAUUUAUUUAUACCGUCCUGCAGUGCACACACUCAUCUAUC